AUUAAUUCAGGUUGUUGAUUACAGUUAUUUGAGUUGAAUCUAUUUAAUUAAGAUAUUUCAUGUUGUAUAAAACGUAUUUUUGCAAGAGAUAAGAUUGUCACUUUAUGUAACCAAUCCAUUACAUUGUAUGUACUGAGAUAACAUUAUAUGAUAACUGUGCAUCCAAAGAAAGUGUGCUGACGAAGCAAUUACAGGUAGGUAUCUACAUCUAUUGUGAUUGGAUUCGGAUUAGCGUCAAGAGAGUUUCCGUUAUAAUCAUUGAGUAAGUCAUUACAAUCGAACUGGUUUUCAAAAAAUCGUCACUAGGAGAUACAAAAACAAAGCAAAUUUGACGUUUUGGUAAAAAGUCGAUCAAGAUCAAGAUUUUUUCGUAACUUUUGGUCGUGAUAAUCAAGAAAGUAUAGCAGUAUAAUAGAAACUAUGGCAGCUCUAACAUUUGGCAUACUGACUGUCAGCGACACUUGUCACAGAGAUCCUAAAAAAGACACAUCUGGCCCAAGCUUGAAAGAACAAGUUCUAAAAUCUUACUCAUCAGUUCGAAUCAUUCAACAAAUCGUUCCAGACGAAAUAGAAGACAUCAAAUCGGUUUUAUUAAACUGGAGCGAUGAGCAAAAAUAUAACGUUAUUUUGACAACUGGAGGUACAGGAUUCUCCAAUAGAGACGUUACUCCAGAGGCAACACGACAAGUUAUAGAAAAAGAAGCACCUGGUCUUAGCUAUGCUAUGAUUUCGAAUAGUUUAGCUAUCACGAAGAUGGCUAUGCUUUCUAGGGCGGUUUGUGGCGUUAGAGGCAAAACAAUGAUUAUAAAUUUGCCAGGAAGCAAAAAAGGGGCAACUGAGUGCUUCGGUUUUAUCAAAAGCUGUAUACCACAUGCUAUAGCCCUAUUAACCGAUCAAAAAGAUCUUGUAGUUUUGCUGCAUCAAAGUAUACAAACCAAAGGAGGGGGCGACGGCAUAGAAGUUACCCCUAGCAAGGUAAAGAUCGAUAAUGUUGCAUCAAGAAGUCGCAAAUCUCCUUAUCCCCUUAAAGAAGUAUCAGAAGCAACUAAAAUAGUACUAACUCAGUGUACUCCUACUCGUAGCGAAACCGAAGUUGUUGCUUUCGAUCAAUCAGUUAAUAGAAUUCUGGCAGAAGAUGUAUAUGCUUUAGCACCUGUUCCACCAUUUAGGGCUUCCAUAAAAGACGGUUAUGCUGUAAUUGCAGCGGACGGAGCAGGACCGAGAACUAUCAAAGAAGUAGCAGCGGCAGGUGACGUACCCAUCGAAGAUGUACUUAAGUCAGGGGAAGCGAUACGAAUCUCCACAGGCGCUCCUUUGCCGCCUGGAGCCGACGCUGUCGUUCAAGUGGAAGACACUUCGAUAGUUACAGCUUCUCCAGACGGCAGCGUGGAGGUUGUUAUCAAAAUUGAGAUUGCACCUAAACUAGGACAAGAUAUUAGGGAGAUAGGCAGCGAUGUCGCGGUUAAUUCUUUGGUCUUGAACAAAUACGAGCAGAUCAAGGCUGCACAUGUGGGAGUUCUGGCCAUGUUGGGUAAAACAGAAGUGAUGGUAUUCAAGCGUCCAUCGGUUGGGGUCAUAUCUACAGGAAAUGAAAUAGGUGAUCCAAAAGAAAAACUGGCUCCUGGUAAAAUUAGAGAUGCUAAUAAAUUCACUUUAAUGAAUUUAUUGAAAAAGUACAGCUACGACUCAAUGGAUUGUGGUAUCGCCAGAGAUAACCCGGACUCGGUUAAAGCUGUCUUAGAAAGAGCCUUUGUAUACAACGAUGUGAUUAUAACUAGUGGUGGUAUUUCUAUGGGCGAAUUCGAUAUACUUAAACAGGUCCUCGUAGAAGAUUUUGGAGCAGAAAUCCACUUUGCUAGAGUUAAUAUGAAACCAGGAAAACCCACAACCUUCGCUACAUUAACUUACCACGGGAAAGAAAAGAAGUUCUUUGGAUUGCCAGGUAAUCCCGUAUCGUGCGGGGUGACUUGUCUACUUUAUAUCAUCCCUGCUUUACGUUAUAUGGAACAGUGUGCAAAUUACAAGUUUCCCACGAUUCAAAUCAAGAAUUUACCGUUAGUUAAUAAUGAUUCACGACCAGAGUACCACCGAGUACAAAUAAGCUUCGAUCCAACCAUUGGCGAGUUUAAGGCCACGUCAACCGGAAAUCAGAUCAGCAGCAGACUAAACAGUCUAGUUGGAGCAAACGGUUUGGCUAUUGUUAAAAAAGGUGACCCACCCACUACUCUAAACGUACUACUCUUUGAUGAUCUGGUGUAGUUUAUUUUCUAAUUAAGAAAAUUGUUUUAUCGGGUCUCGAAUUUUGUGAUUGUUUACUUGCCAGUUCCUUAAUAAAUUUGUUAUAUUUGU